AUCCCGGAAGUGUAGUAGCACGGUGACAGUUCCGCUGUUGUGUUGCCACAUGCUGUAGUGAGAACUGAAGUCGCGGCUGCCGACGUCUCAUCGAUGAAAGAGACAUGGAUACCUGGAGUUUCGUAGCAUUGUCUGGGUUGCUGAGCCUAAUUGUGCGGUGGACCGUUUCUCUCAGCUCUUAUUCAGGUGCCGGGAAACCACCGAUGUUUGGCGACUAUGAAGCUCAGAGGCACUGGCAGGAGGUUACUUUCAAUCUGCCCAUUCACAAAUGGUAUUUCAAUUCUACUGACAACAACUUGCUUUACUGGGGCCUUGACUAUCCACCGCUGACUGCUUAUCAUAGCCUGCUUUGUGCAUAUGUGGCACAUCUGGUAAAUCCAGACUGGGUUGCACUUAAGUCAUCACAUGGAUAUGAAAGUCAAGCACACAAGCUAUUUAUGCGUGCUACAGUUUUGGCUGCAGAUUUAAUUGUUUACAUUCCAGCAGUUUUUAUGUAUGCCUUCUAUUUUUGUGAAGGUUCUUCGAAGAAGAAGGCUUCUUUUGCGUUGAGUGUUUUGUUGUUUCCUGGACUCAUUCUCAUAGACCACGGACAUUUUCAAUAUAACUGUGUAAGUUUAGGGUUUGCUUUAUGGGGUAUUUUUUUCAUAGCCUUACAGUGGGACAUCCUUGGUUCGUUUGCCUUCUGUUUUGCUCUGAACUACAAACAAAUGGAAUUGUACCACUCCCUGCCAUUUUUCUGUUACCUUCUUGGCAAAUGUUUGAGGAAAGGAUUAAAAGGCAAAGGACUGAUCCUGCUAAUAAAAAUUGCCGUGAGUGUCAUAAUGUCAUUUGCUUUGUGUUGGCUGCCUUUUCUUCUGGACACACAGCAGUCACUGCAGGUCCUCCGGCGCCUGUUUCCCGUCGAUCGUGGCCUUUUUGAGGAUAAAGUUGCAAACACAUGGUGCAGUCUUAGUGUGCUGAUCAAAAUGAAGACACUUCUGUUACCGCAGACCCAGGUACAACUCAGUUUCGCUGCAACUCUUCUGGCUGCUUUGCCUUCCUGUACAAAACUGAUAUUCCAGCCCACCAUCAGUGGCUUCAGGCUGUCCUUGGUGAACUGUUCCUUUGCUUUCUUCCUGUUCUCUUUCCAAGUCCAUGAAAAGUCUAUUCUCCUUGCGGCCUUGCCUGUCUGCUUACUGAUACCUGAAGUUCCAUUCAUGGCUACCUGGUGUUUACUGGUGUCAACGUUCAGUAUGCUGCCCCUUCUGCUGAAGGAUGGUCUGCUAUUACCGUACAUCGUCACAUCCUUGGCUUUUCUGCUGGUCAGCAUCACUCUGUUGGCUGUGAGUGGACUGACCUCCGUAGAUGACCUGAAACUAACACCCCUGGCACAUUUCAUAAGGAAGUGUGCUGCUUGGGUUAAGGUGGAAUCUCUUGCAAAAUCUUUGUUUAUGCUAUCUGUGGUCAGCAUGGCUGUCCUGAGUGUAAUGAGCGCAACACUCAAUCCCCCUUCAAACCUGCCUGACCUGUUUCCUGUGGCCGUGUCUCUCUUCUCUUACCUCCACUUCCUGGCCUUUUUCAUUUACUUCAGUGCUGUGCAUCUCCUGGAAUCGCCAAAUAAAGAAGACCAAAAAAAAGUUAGCUAAACACUAUUUUAGAGUGCAAUGGAGCCAUUAAAAUGGAUGUUGUUUUAUAUACUGGAUGAACUUUUUUGAUAAAGCGAGAAUAAUAAAUAUGUGAGAAU